AUGCUAGCUGAACAUGACUUUAAACUGCCUACUGCUGCUGCUGCUGCUGCUGCUGCUGCUAGCUAUCCACUGAUCAUUACCACCCAGCCAGAGAUUCGACAACCAUUCAGAAAUUUGCCAGUCCACCUAAAAUGUCCUUCCUGUCGGAAAGAGAUCUCCACAACACUAGAGUAUCACAAUGGUCUUCUAACAUACCUAGCUUGCGUGGGUAUAUUCUUUGUUGGCGGCUCUUGCGGUUGUUGCCUAAUACCGUUCUGUGUAAAUGCUUGUAAGGAUGUUGACCACAAAUGUCCGAGUUGUAAAACAUACGUUGGAUCUUAUCGUAUAUUAAGAGAUUGA